AUGCCCGCCAGUCCUACCAUCAUGCCCGCUAGUCCUAUCAUCAUGCCCGCUAGUCCUACCAUCAUGCCCGCUAGUCCUACCAUCAUGCCCGCUAGUCCUACCAUCAUGCCCGCUAGUCCUACCAUCAUGCCCGCUAGUCCUACCAUCAUGCCCGCUAGUCCUACCAUCAUGCCCGCUAGUCCUACCAUCAUGCCCGCUAGUCCUAUCAUCAUGCCCGCUAGUCCUAUCAUCAUGCCCGCUAGUCCUAUCAUCAUGCCCGCUAGUCCUACCAUCAUGCCCGCUAGUCCUACCAUCAUGCCCGCUAGUCCUACCAUCAUGCCCGCUAGUCCUACCAUCAUGCCCGCUAGUCCUACCAUCAUGCCCGCUAGUCUUACCAUCAUGCCCGCUAGUCCUACCAUCAUGCCCGCUAGUCCUACCAUCAUGCCUACGUGCCCCCACCAUUAUGCCCUGCAUGUUAGAGCAUUAUUCGGGCCUGGUGCAACACCAUGGUCAUCAUUACCGUGA